AGAUAAGCUGAAGGGAUAGGCAGGAUCUGAAAAGCGACCGAGUUUUAAUUUUUCAACAAAAAAUGUAAUAAAAUUUACACAAGGUACGAUGUUCACACAAAUUAUGGAUGAACACGAGUUUUUCAGACAGACUGUGCAACAUUUGGCGCGUUGCUUGUCCAACAUAAACCCGACACCAUGGGAAAAGGUGAACACUCUCUUCAUGCUGUGUCCUCAAGCCGGAUGUUCUCUCAUUGUCACCACUCGCAGUCAAGAUGCUUGCAUAGCUCUCGGGCUAUACUUCCUGCACAGUGAUCUGCAACAUCAGGAUAAGCUGCUGCCAUACUUCCUGAAGGUUCUGAAAUGCCUUUCCACUGCACAGUUUGAGGAACCUUUGUGCAGGGUGAAAAAUGCUGAUAGAAUACCAAUGGCAGAGAAGUUCAGCUUUUGCCUGAACACUCUUCUAUCCGACAUCGCGUCCAAACAGCCUUCCAUCAGAGAAGAGAUCAUUAAGGCCCAAAUAGACCUUAUGUCAAACCUCACAAGGAUCAUAGUCAAUUGCCACGAAAGUAAGGAAUCAAAUGCAGUGACCAAGCUACAAUUGUGCAAGAGCACGAUACCACUUUUGAUAGGUCUUGCCAGGUCUAUGGGAAGAUAUGCAACAGUCGAUCCUCCAUUACUUUGUCGCUUAUUUCCUCAGCCGCCUAGCCCAGUUAAAACGAAAGAACCGGAACCAACAUUUGAAUAUUCAACUUUAGACAAGAAAAGGAAAUUUAAUCAAUUUAGACCAAUAAUUCCGAGGUCACUGUCCGGGAAUUUGAAUCCUGACAAUGAGAAUAUAGUAGAAAAUGGGACUGAUACAAUAGACAGUUCAGGUGGUACUCUCAAGAGAGGUUCCUUGCAUAGCUACCACUCAGUACCAUAUGAUCCGACAACAUACUUUUUCAACAAGUUCGGGUCUAGUUUCAAUCAGUUUCCAUAUAUGAGGUUUUCGGAGUCACCAGAGAAGAGAAUCAAUGUUCAGUUUUACGUGACCUAUCUGCAGUCAAUAUUGUCAUUGGCGAAAGAGCUGCUGACUAAAGACCUAUUGGCGUUCUUAGAUGAAGAAGCUGAAGAUAUUUAUGCGUCUGGUCAGAUACAAGUGUUCCCAUACAAAUCGUUCUCUGAGACUCUGAAUCUGGUGAUGGUGACUCUUCUAAGAGAGAUAUUGCAACAUCAGAAAAAUCUACCAGGUCCAUUUACCAAGGAUGUUCAGGAAUUCGUAAAAUGCCUCUUCCUGAGCGGGCAAACGGAGCUGCAGUCUCGCCACCACGACGCCUCCGAGCGGGAGGACAAGGAAACCAACUUCGCUUCUGUCAACAAGUUCAAAGUUAACGUCAUGGCUAACUCUGCUUGUGUUGACUUACUCGUGUGGGCUAUAGGGGAUGAAACAGAUCAGGACUAUGAUGUGCCAGCACUCAUAAACGCUCUAACAAUAUUAAUAGGAGCGGAUUCUUUGUGCGGUCGGUUGACAGAAAAAAUAAAUUCGAAUCACAAUCAUAAAUUGAUACUAGCACAUAUGCCCCUGUUGAUGGUCUGUCUCGAAGGCCUCGGCAAACUUGCAACGAAAUUCCCGACGAUCGCGAACACAUCGAUAUAUUGCCUGCGAGAUUUCCUUGUUACGCCCUCGCCUAUACUCUUCAAGCUGCACAAGCUGGAACUGGAGAAAACCGGCAAGGAACACAUGAAAGUCACCCUGCAAGGCAAAGAGCUACAGGGGCUGACAGAAACGGGGGUACCUGUAAAAUCGACGCCGUUCGAGAAACUUCGCGACGCGGCCAUAGAGAAUCUGUGUGUGGCGCUGGAGGCGGCGCUCACUGUGGACCCGUUCUGCGUGCCGGCGCUGGUCGGCUCCGUCAGCAACCGGCUGUUCACUGCUGAGACCAGCGACAGUGAAUCAUCAUUAAUCAGUACGAACAUAGUGAUAAUGCUGGGUCACGUGGCUGUGGCCUUGAAGGAUACACCCAAAACUACCGACACCAUACUGCAGUUCUUCCAGCAAAGGUUAUGCCGAUCUCCGUCGUCACUGGACACCCUAAUAGUGGACCAGCUGGGCUGUAUGGCGCUGGCGAGCCCUUCAGGCCCGGCCCAUGACGAGAUAAUGCGGAUGUUCACCGUUAUCACUGUAGAGGCCGCCAGCGCCGCUUACCACCACACUACCGACACCAAGCAGUACAGGCACGUAUCAGGGGCAGUUCUGAACGCGCUCGCGAACAUAGCGGCGAACGUUCGCGGCACGAACGCGCGGCUCGAGCUGCUGACGCGGCUGCUCGAGCUAUUCGUGCAGCUCGGGCUCGGCGGCGAGCGGGCCACAGAUAGGUCGCCGGCGCCCGUGCUGAAGGCGUCUGGCAGUGCCGGCAAUCUCGGAGUUCUCGUGCCUGUUAUUGCGGUUCUGGUAAAAAGAUUACCCCCAAUCAAAAACCCAAAGCCAAGGCUCCACAAACUGUUCAAAGACUUCUGGUUAUAUUGCGUCGUAAUGGGCUUCACUGCGGCUGACUCAGCCAUGCGAAAGCGUCUAUGGCCGCAGGAAUGGUACAACGGAGUGAAAGAGAUAGCGGUAAAAUCCCCUUACCUUGUCUCGCAAACGUCGCUGCGUUCAGAGAUGCGCGAACUUCAGUACACGUCUGCUGUGAGGAACGAUUCCGUGUCGAUUGCGGAGCUGCAGGAGUUGAAGAUGCAGAUCUUGAAUCUUCUGGAACACCCGCCCGAUAUUACUGUCAUUGUCAACAAGUUGACGUUUGCGCCCUGCAUGUAUUUGCUCAGCGUUUAUUGGGUGGAGACUUUGAGGGUGUGCAAUUCGCCGGAGCCGAGCCUGCAGCCAAUCAUCGAGUACCUCAGCGACACAGCGCUGCAGAAGGACAAGACCGGCAUGUGGCAAUGUGUUGCCAGUGUCGGCGACAAAGUAUUCCAAAAGUUCCUGGACGUGAUGUCGGAGAAGGUGAAGGACGAAUCGCGCGAACGCGAACUGGAGAGCCACGCGCAAUUCCUGCUGGUGAACUUCAACCACAUCCACAAGCAGAUCCGGCGAGUGGCGGACAAGUGGCUCGCGGGGCUGGUCGAUAGGUUCCCGCAUCUCUUGUGGAACUGUCGGGUACUAUGGUCUAUGCUGGACAUCCUGCAAGUACUGAGCUUCAGCUUGGAGCUGGAUGCGAACCAAGAGACGCCGCUGCUGAAGGUGCCAGGGACAGACUUCACGUUGCAGCUUCAAGAUACUCUUGAAGGCAGAGAGUGUAUCGUAAAAGAUUUCGCUGACCGCUGCCACGGCAUAGUCCAAGAAGCAAUGAAGUGGGCGCCACAAUCUACGCGAUCACAUUUGCAGGAAUAUCUUAAUCAGGUCCCGAACUCAACGCUAUGGCACCACUGUGGCCUAGCCCUCGCCACCGGAGCCCUACUAGGCGCCGCCGGCUUGAAUCGCAUGUCGGCGCCUCUACCACGAGCGGCGUUGGAGAAGAGACCACCCUGCGUUACACAGGACUCCGCUGCGUUACUGGCCGUUGUUUCGCAGCGGAGUCGUUAUGCUGGCGAGAUAUCGGGCGCAGUAUACGCGGAGGGCGGCGGCGAGGCGGCCACAUGGCGCGUGGGAGCGAGACUGCAGACGUCGCUGAAGGAAGCGUGCGCGAGUGGGAGCGAGACAGCGCACCGCGCCGCGCUGUGGCGCGCCACCGCGCUGCUCGUGCACGCGAAGCAUCAUCCCUCGCAGCCGCACACCGCGCCCACUGCCAGGGGGCUCCUGCAUUCUGUCGCGUGGUCACAAGUGGAGAUAUUCACCGAAGAUGCGGUGACAGUGGCGGUGGAGUGCUGGCAGUGGCUGAGCACCGCGCGGCCGGACCUGGAGCUGCGGCUGCUGCAGGAGAUCUUCGCCGCGUGGCAGUGCACUGUGGACCGCAAGAUGGGGCUCUUCUCCAAACAAUCUGAGGAGUGCAGUCCUUUGGCUGCUUACGAAGGCACGAAGUUGGAGCCCAAGCCGCCAUUCAUAGCCGCGCACGCGGUGUGGGUGCGGUACCUCUGCGAAGUGGCCGAGACGGCCAAGUAUAACAGCUUGGAGAAAGUCGAGAUGCUCGCCAGUCUGCUCCACAGAUCUUUACCAAUCACAGUUGGCGAUGUACAUGAUAAUAUUAACCGUCAUGUCGAAGCAGUUGGAGUGAGAUUCAGGCUAUUAUCCUGCGGCUUAUCUCUUCUACAAGGCGACAUCUUACCCCGUUCGUUAGCCCGCAACAUCCUUCGCGAGCGGGUUUACAGCGCUUGUUUAGAUUACUUCUGCAGAGGAUUACAAUGUCCUUCGCGAACCUCCGGCGCUCUGAGGGAGGACAUCAUGUCUCUAAUCAAGUUCUGGCAGCUGAUGCACUCCGACAAGAAGUACUUAAAGAGCAGUGACAUUGGCGAAUUCGAGCUGAUGGGCCCCUCCAGUCAGCAGAGCAUAUACACAUCGAAUUCACCCACUGAUAAUCGCUCGUCAGUGAACAGCAGCGAUAUAGGAAGCAGGCAAACCACAGGCUGGAUCAAUACGGUGCCGAUGUCGACGACGACUCUUAGCAGCGGGGCGGGCAGCGUGGCGGGCAAGCGCUCCAACCGCAGCGUGAAACCGCCCGCCAAGUCCCAGGACACCUUCGUCAAGGAUUAUGUCAGGAAACGGAACCUGAUACUGGAACUUAUGGCGGUAGAAAUAGAGUUCCUGGUGACGUGGCACAAUCCUCACAGCCGGCCGGAGCAAGCGGUGCCGGGAGAGGACAAUAUAGCGACCUGGCGCUCCAAGCCCAACACAGACAGGACCUGGCGUGACUACGCUAAGCUUGCUUGGGAUAUCAGUCCUACUCUGGCCAUAUUCCUACCAGAGAGACUAAAGAACGAGGGUAUUACAGCGGAGAUUAGAAGGAAAGUCCAAGCUCAGCCAACUUCAGUAUGCCACGUGCCUCAAGCGCUCAAGUACUUGGUCACCACAGAGACUCUGCUUAACGACGCCCAUGAGUUAGUGCACAUGGUAACCUGGGCCCGCGUGUCUCCAGUAGAAGCUUUAUCGUACUUCAGCCGUCAAUACCCCCCUCAUCCCCUCUCAGCGCAAGCGGCGGUCAACACUCUCACGUCAUAUCCGUCCUCCGCAGUACUGCUAUACAUCCCGCAGCUGGUCCAAGCAUUGAGGCAUGACACGAUGGGCUACGUAGCGGAGUUGAUCAAGUCCCUUGCCAAGAAGUCUCAAGUCGUGGCUCAUCAGCUGAUAUGGAACAUGCAUACGAACAUGUACACCGACGAAGAGAUGCAUAACAAAGACACGGCCCUUUUCGACAUCCUCGAGGGGCUAACGAAGUCCAUAGUGGAAGACCUGUCGGGGCCCGCGAAGGCAUUCUACGAACGGGAGUUCGAUUUCUUCAGCCAGAUCACCAACAUCAGCGGCAUUAUAAGACCGUUCCCGAAAGGUGCUGAGAGGAAACGCGCGUGUCUGGAGGCUUUGAAGAAUGUUAAGGUACAACCGGGCUGUUACUUGCCGUCGAAUCCUGACUCCAUGGUAGUAGACAUUGAUUACAAGAGUGGCACGCCCAUGCAGAGCGCUGCCAAAGCUCCUUACUUAGCGAGAUUCCGAGUGAGGAGAUACGGCAUAGCUGAGAUGGAAGCCGUAGCCAUGGCCAUAGCAUCAGGGGAGGAACCUCCAUCGGAAGAAGGAAAAGACCGUUUCACUUCAAUCGCAGCGGAGUCCUGGCAGGCGGCCAUCUUCAAAGUGGGCGAUGACGUGAGACAGGACAUGCUGGCGUUGCAAGUGAUCUCGCUGUUCCAAAAUAUCUUCCAGCAAGUGGGGCUCGACCUUUAUCUGUUCCCGUACAAGGUUGUCGCUACUGCGCCCGGGUGCGGCGUGAUAGAGUGCGUGCCGAACGCGAAGUCACGUGACCAGCUCGGCCGGCAGACAGACAUCGGCAUGUACGAGUACUUCAUCAAGAAAUAUGGUGACGAGACCACCAGGGAGUUCCAGGCGGCGCGACGUUGCUUCGUGACUUCGAUGGCGGCGUACAGUGUGAUCGGGUUCCUGCUCCAGAUCAAGGACCGACACAACGGCAACAUCAUGCUCGACACGGACGGACACAUCAUACAUAUCGACUUCGGUUUCAUGUUCGAAUCGUCUCCGGGCGGCAACCUCGGCUUCGAGCCGGACAUCAAGCUGACGGACGAGAUGGUGAUGGUGAUGGGCGGCAAGAUGGAGGCGCCGCCCUUCCGCUGGUUCUGUGAGCUCUGUGUGCAGGCCUUCCUCGCCGUCAGGCCAUACCAAGAAGCGAUAAUAUCCAUGGUGUCGCUGAUGCUGGACACCGGCCUCCCCUGCUUCCGCGGGCAGACCAUCCGCCUGCUGCGCUCGCGGUUCGCACCCAACUCCACAGAAAAGGAGGCGGCGGCGUACAUGCUCUCGGUCAUCCGCAACUCUUUCCUCAACUUCAGGACCAGAACCUAUGAUAUGAUACAGUACUAUCAGAACCAAAUACCCUAUUAGUUGGUUUUUUAGGCUAGUGUGUUCGCUGCGCGAGGUAACAACUUUAUAUACUUCUUCGUAGUCGUGUUCCUCAUGGCUGAGGGUCGUGGUCAUUACGUGGAAUUAAACACACGUAACGACUUUCUUGGCACUAUUGUUGGAGUGGUUUGCCAUUGACUUCUCCAUUGCACACACAAGUUGAUAAUCAACCAGAGUGCAAUGUCAUCUCGAUGUUUUCCUUCACCGGAAGCAAGUGGUGGUCGAUGAAAACUACUAUACAUAAGUCAGAUUGGUAUACAAACUCAUGUGGCACGAAUAGGAUUCGAUACUGGGACCUUUCGGUUCGUCUUAACUAUUUAUUACACCGCCACUCUAUAUACAUUAACUGUCUUUUAUAUUGUUAAACAGUAAUGUUUUUAACAAAAUUUUAUGAUACGUCGUGGGUUCGAUUUCCGCACGAGGCCAGUUUUAAUAUAAAUCUGUUAAAUUUUUAUUUAGUUCUAUGUCUCUUCUAUAUUUUAAUUUACUUCUAUAUUUGGUUCUAUGUUUUUUUUACAUGCUUUUAUCUUCCUAUUAGUUGUAGAAUAAUGAUAUUUUCUUUUUCUUCAUGUCUUGUAAAUUACAUUUACUGCGCCCGUCGCGUUUUACGAAACAUCCGCAGACACAGCGUUGCACGCGAGGAGUGUUAUCGCGAACAAAAUAUCACCUGCAAAACUGAAAUCAGUUCCGGCGUUGCAACGUUGUUUAGACGUCAGUGUUUAAUCUACCUGUUCUCGAUUUAUUUUUUGGAAAUUAGGUGUUAAUGUAUGGAACUUUGUAUCGAAUCGCCAUAAAGGCGAUUUUCUGUUAUUUAUUGUUUUGACAUAAGUUUAUUUGACUCGUAGCGCAGCGAAGAGCAAUAGAUAAAUAUAUGGGAGUGUGUUAAUAAGGUGUUUGAACUUACCUGUUAGCCAUGUUCGGGUGGGGGGCGGAGGGGGAAUCAAAGCAGAUACGGUUGCUUUCUAAAUAAUUUUGGCCGUACUAAAGCACCUAUUGAAAUUGUAGCACCCACUGUGAAAUUUUUCACUAGCAUUCUCGCUGAAAUUUGUCGAAAGAUAGGGAUGGAAAUAAAAAGUAUUUACUUCUCUUUUUGUAUGCCUGCAUCCUUUAACCUGAGGUACCUAACUGGUUAAAAUUAAAAUCUGUUGUUACAAAUUUAAAACACUAGCACCACUGAGUAUCAGUUUGUAUAUUAUCUAAUCAUUAUUGUAACAGUUAUAGUAGUCCUGCGUGCACAAUGUGCAUUGGGCUUCAAUAAAAAUGUGCCGUAUUCUGACUUUUCAAAAGUCAUACAAAAGUAUCCUAUCUGCUUUGAGAUUUAUAUCAUAAUUUUGGACUUGUGGUAUUUUAUUCUUUAAAGUGAUAUUGGUUUAAGUAGAAAUAUAAUUUAGGAAUAUUCAACACUUAUGCGAAUAAAAUAGAACAAAUGUCCAUCUUCUGAAUAUGUUUCAAUGUGUACUUAUUUUUCAAUAUUAAUGCCAGUAGUUUAUAUUAAAAUCCAUGAAUAUAUAAAUAUUUCAGUAAUGUUUCAAAUAUACAUUUCUUUAUGGGUUAUAAUUUCAAAAAUAAGUAAAAAAAUAGUAAAAGUUAGCUGAUUGCGAAUCUAUCUUAAUUAAUUACUGUCAUUAUAUUUAUAACUUUUAGUUGGACUUUUAACUUAUUUUAAAUAUUAGAAAAUGUUGAGGCUUAUUUUAUAAUUUUUGGCAAAAAUAAUUUUAAAAUCCUAAUGCAAAAUAAUUACCAUUUUUCACAGGCAAUAGUAACUUCGCUAAUAUACACUACUUUUAGAAAUUAUUUGAAGUAAUUUACAUGAAAAAGAAAUUGUGUUUAUGGUACUACUAUUUUCCAUGAAAUUAUUAUUGAUACUGAAGUAUUAUUGUGUUUUAACUAAUUUAUUUUUGUAUUAGCUAAAUUAUCUUUGAAACAUUUGUGCUUUCUGCAAGCUAAUUGUAAUUUUUACGAUCUUUGUGGCCUAAUGGUUAUCAUGCUGUGGCUGUCGCCAUGAUAGAGGUCACGGGUUCGAUCCCCGGUCCGGCCAAGAUGGAACGUGAUCUUUUCACAUUGACCUUAUUCUUGGAUGUUUAUUUACAUGUUUUAUAUAUGUAUAAAAUAUAAUGAAGUCUCGGAACUUGCUUUAAUGCGUGUCAUUUAUUCCUGUAAUAUUUAUUUAGUUUCUUAACCUACGGUUUGGUUGGUUUACUUACUGUACCGAUAAUUAUUGAAAUAAUUAUCGUAUUGAAAUACAAAACAUUAAAUAAUGUUUAUUAUUAAAUUAAUUACUUCUAAAAAUUUACGAGAUUUAAAUUAUUUUUGGUAGUUUUCAUGCAUAAAAAUUUUGUUAUACAUCAUGCAUCUUUGACUGAUUGACGUUUGUAUCAAUUAUGCCAUUAUUUUUAUCUGAAAAUGUCUAUAAUUUUGAAUAUGAUGUGAAACAUUACAUUGAAAUAGUUAAAUACCUAUGAAUCUUUGAGAAACUAGUAUAUUUAUUUCUAUGACACUUUAAAUCUCUAAUUUAAAUAUAUUUGGUCUUAUUAUAAGAAAUAUUACUUAAUAUUUAUAAAUAUUACUUAAUAUUUAUUGUAGUAUUCUAGUUUUAAUAUGGUUUCAAAGGGUCUGUGUUUUUUAAAAACAUUAAUACAAUUUAUUCACAACCUUGUAACACAAACUAUCAAAACUUUGGAUCCGUAUACAAAACUUAUUAACCAGUUAAUGUUAUUUUUCAGAUAUAUAUAUUAGUGUAUGUAAAGAAAUAUAAUGACAUUCCUGUGAUUGCAAUUUCUUGUUGUUGAAAAUAAAGCAAUUGGUAUAAA